AUGCAGAUGGAAGUUGAAACUCGACACGCUCGCUGUUGCAACUUGGCUGUCGACCUGAUCCAUCUCCAACAGCCCUGCAGCUCAUACUACCUACUUAUAUUUACACCAUCCCCUUCCUCUUUCUCAAAUGCCUGGAUAAAUUGUGAUCCUCAUUCUCUCUCUCUGCUCACUCUCCGCCUCAGGAUGGGCAUCCAUCUUCCCUUUUCAGUUCGUUUUCAUCCAUUAAGAACUCGCACUCUCACUCCAGACAUGAUCUCGAGGCCUCUACCCCCGGACCUAGACUUCGAUGCCGGUACAGUGGAUUCUUCGACCAUUCCUGCUCUCAGAGACAUCGCUUUCAGGCUUUAUCGCAAGUCGAUACACGUUACCUUGCUGGUGGGUUGGGGCAGACCCUCAUCCACCGAGCAUGCAUCCAAACUGAUGGUCAUCCCUACGACGCCUCUCAACCGACGAUCCUGGAAGAUCCUUCAUGCUUCCAUGGUCAAGAGUGCCAGGAAGUAUUCCCUGGGCCAGGGCUGGACAGAUGCUUUGGCACGCAGCCGGCACGAACGACUCGCCAACGAAUACCUCAUCGAGCAAUCCAUCCUGCAGAAUGAAGUUGCAUUCAGCCACGAAGGACUGACGGUGUUGAACAUGGACCGCAUAUACAUUUUCAAACACAAACUAUACGUCCUGUCGCAAGAAUCCACCGCCAUCUCAGAAGGCAAAGUCGUGGCGUCUUGUGUGGACCUCCUCCAUCGCGCCAUCAUGGACCUGGAUGGUCAUGUCUUCAGCGGCACCUUCUUCCACCUCAUCUAUGAACAUCUUGACGUCAAAGAUAACCUCUUGAAAAAAGUUGCCGCAGCAUAUCAAACAAAGUAUAACCAAGAAGGGGUCAUCUUUCCCGAACCGAGACCAGGACAGAAUGCGAGAAAACAGACAGUUCGCAAACCGCCACCACCUCCCAUUAUACUGGGACCGACAGGAGUGAAGAGGAUACGAAAUUCCAUCGUUUCUGACUCCCGGCAACGACUUUCACUUGUUCCCGGACCAAAGACACCACAUACUGCUGCCGAUUGCGAUCCCACGACGCGAAGCGAGUGGAACAUGCUCAUGGACUCCCGUCUCCGUCGGUCCAAGAAUGCCACGACCUGUGGACUGCGUACCUUUCUGCCACAGUUCGUCGUGAGCUGA